CUUUCUGAAAAUAAUUUUCUUUUCUGUAUACAGCCUUAUCUCUAGAUUGAAGAAGAUUUGAUGAAACUAAGUUUCUUGGCAGAAAAUAACUGUGGAAAGAUGAUAAUAACCCCUGUACUACUGCAACAUAAACUCUGAAUAAGUCUGAAUUGACAGACACUGCUUUCUAGUGGGGAAGGGGUUAACUCUGUGUAAUGGGUGUGAAGGUAUCAACUGCACUGUCAGAGCCUUCUCUCAGGGUGCACUGGGUUUAAUAGUUUACUGACGCUGCUUUGUUUCUAGGUGGGAAGGGCUUCACUGUGUUUUGUGUUCAAGUUUGUGCUGGAAGUCAGUAACUGCUAUCAUGGAGAUCGGUACCACUGUACUGCUCUGUCUAGCUCUUUUGAGCUUUCUGUAUUGGAAAAUGUCUCGGCCAAAGGGAUUCCCACCAGGUCCCCUGGCUUUGCCAGUUGUGGGCAAUCUGCUUCAGAUGGACUUCAGUAAUCCCCUCAAAGAUCUACAAGAGUUCUCAAAAGUAUAUGGCCCAGUGUACAGUAUAUACUUGGGGUUCACUCCAGCUGUGGUGAUACGAGGACUCAAUGCUCUCAAAGAGGUUCUUGUGGCCAAAGGCAUAGAGUUUGCAGACAGACCUAGGAACCGAAUCUCAGAAGUCAUCUCUGGUACAAGAGGCUUAAUUAUUGCUCCUUAUGGACCUGCUUGGAAAGAGCACAGGAGAUUCACUUUGUCCACACUGAGAAAUUUUGGUCUUGGCAAAAAAUCCAUGGAGGAAAAGAUUAAAGAGGAGAGUGUGUACCUAAUACAGGCCUUCAAGCAAGCAGAUGACCAGCCACUAGACGCACAUUUUCUCAUUGAUAAUGCAGUCUCCAAUAUUAUUUGUUCCAUUGUAUUUGGGAGACGUUAUGAUUAUGAAGACUCCACAUUUAGGAACAUUCUUAACCUCGUUCAUGAAAAUAUGAAAUUUGCCACUGGUUUCUGGUCACAGUUGUACAAUGCAUUUGCGGUGGUUCAGUAUCUCCCACUACCACAUCGGAAGAUUUUCAAGAAUGUAAACACAGUUUUUGGAUUCCUAAAAACGAUUCUUGAGGAGCACAAAAAGACUGUGAUACCUGGUGAACCACGAGAUUUCAUAGACUGCUAUCUGGAAGAACUGGACCAGGAGGCAAGAGUUGGAAACCAGAAGAAGACCUUUGAUGAACAUAAUUUGUUCACUUGCGUAGGUGACCUAUUUAUAGCUGGCACAGAGACAACAUCUGCAUCCCUUGAGUGGUGUUUGCUUUACAUGAUGGCACAUCCAGAAAUGCAAGAAAAAUGCCAUGAGGAAAUAGACAGAAUUCGGGGAGACAGAGAUCAGCUGGAUUAUGAGGACCGAACAAGCAUGCCAUACACCCAAGCUGUUUUACAAGAGGUGCAGCGUUUCACCAGUGUAGUCCCUCUAGGAGUAGCUCACUCACCCAUAAAAGAUGUGCAGCUGAAUGGCUUCAACAUCCCAAAGGGCACAGUCAUUAUCACAGACUUAUCGUCUGUGCACUAUGAUGAAGAUCACUGGAAGUAUCCACAUGAGUUUAAUCCAAGGAACUUUCUGAACGAGGAUGGGGAGCUGAUUAAGGUGGAAAGCUUUUUGCCCUUCUCUGCAGGGCCACGAAGUUGUCUCGGGGAGAAUCUUGCCCGUAUGGAGAUUUUUUUGUUUUUCACAGCUUUGAUGAUUAACUUUGAAUUUCAUUGGCCAGAUCCUUCAUUAUCUCCUGACCUUGAACCACAGUUUGGUAUCUCCCAGACUCCUAAACCCUUUAGAAUGAAGUUGGUGUCCCGCAAACAUUAACAUUUGGAAAAGAAAAGAGCAUUAGUGUGUGAGGUGUCUGAGGACAUAAAUCCAGGAAUUUCUAGUCUUUGCUUACAUUUAAAUAAGAACUGAAUGUAACCAUUUUGCCCAUUUAAUUUCCAGAGUUGUUUCAAUGAUUCUGUAUAAAUAUGAUGCAUAAUAAAAUAAUCAGUUACCUGCA